UGCCCAAGUGUUGUAUAAUUUUAUCUCUCAUGAUUUUAACGGUUCUACUGUUGACGACGAUGCUGGUAGGAAUUUGGAGUGAACCACAGGGCCCAUCGUAUCUGCCUCCCAAUGUAGGUGCUUCUCCAUCACAUCCGUCUAGACCCAACGCUGGCCACCCAGACGAGUGGGCUGGGGAUCCAGUAAACUAUGAGUUUUCAUAUGAGGUACAAGAUGGUGACGCAGGUUUGGACUUCGGGCACCGAGAGAUGCGAAAGGAUGACACAGCCACCGGAAGUUACCACGUCCUACUUCCUGAUGGACGAACGCAGUACGUCGAUUAUAUUGCCGAUGAGAACGGCUAUCGACCCAUGAUUCGAUACGAAGGAACCGCCUCUUAUCCAGCUGGGCGUCCUGCAGACCAAGGAUAUAAAUAUUAAUACUCGCAUUGAAUAUGCAUCUAACAUCAAAAUGAAGAAGCGAAAAACGUCGUGAAUUGCUUUUCAAACGCUGAUCCUUUUUUGAAGCAGUAAAUUCUCCGAAUAAAGUAUUCCCUGAUGGUAUAGAAAGAAAGAAAAGGUCAGAAAAAUUGACAUUUUGUCAAAGUAGUUGUAUUAUAUUGAUAAAUUUCGCUGAUUUUGACUUUUUUAUUUGUUAUUUAGUCUUAAAUCUAUUUAAUCAAUAGAACGUCUU